AAAAUUCCAAAACUGCACAGCUUGUAUUCCUGGUUUACUAUUACAUCAGAUCACUCCUUACUCUAUCCUUCUACACCCUCUCUCAUUCACACACAAAAAAACUGAGGAAAACAUCCAAAGAUGAUCUUGUUAUUCAUAAUAUUAGCUUUUGUUGCAGCAUUGAAUGCUGAAAAUCUGCAAAAACAUGAAUAUGAAAAUGAUAGAAUAGUGAAACUACCUGGCCAACCAAAUAGUCCACAUAUAUCACAGUUUUCAGGUUACAUCACAGUUAAUGAAGCUCAUGGAAGAGCCCUUUUUUAUUGGUUCUUUGAGGCCCAAUCUCUCCCUGAUAAAAGGCCUCUUCUCCUGUGGUUCAAUGGAGGCCCUGGUUGUUCAUCAAUUGGAUAUGGAGCAGCUGUGGAGUUAGGGCCUCUUAGAGUUGCUAAAAAAGGAAGCAUUCUUGAAUUCAAUGAAAAUUCUUGGAAUAAAGAAGCAAAUGUGAUAUUUGUGGAAUCUCCAAUCGGGGUGGGAUUCUCCUACACCAAUACUUCCUCUGAUUUCAGCAAUAUAGAUGACAAAUUUGUAGCCAAAGAUGCCUACACCUUUCUAGUAAAAUGGCUUGAAAGAUUUCCACAUUUCAAAGAUCGCGACUUCUUCAUAUCAGGGGAGAGCUAUGCCGGUCAUUACGUGCCUCAGCUUGCCGAGCUAGUGUUCGACAACAACAAGGAUACACACAACUAUCCCUACAUCAAUCUCAACGGUUUCAUUGUUGGAAAUCCGGAGACGAACGACUACUAUGACUACAAAGGAUUGCUAGAGUAUGCAUGGAGCCAUGCAGUUAUAUCAGAUGAAGAAUAUGAUAAGGCAAAAAUAGCGUGUGAUUUCAAGCUCGAACACUGGUCUAGCGCCUGCAACGCCGCCAUGGGUCUAGUGUUCGAUCAUUACAACGAGAUUGACAUCUACAACAUCUACGCCCCUUCUUGUCUCCUCAACACCACCUCCUCGUUUGAUAACAUUGUAUCUAGGCCAACCGAUUCCUCACUCACUACCAAAUUACACAAUGCAAAUGGGAGAAUGAGGCUGGGGCCGGGAGGGUACGACCCCUGCUUCUCUAGGAACGACGAGGUGUAUUUCAAUAGGAGGGAUGUGCGAGACGCACUCCACGUUAGCAGCGGGGGACUGGCUGAUGGGGUGAAAUGGAAAGAAUGCAAUGAUUCAUUGUUUAGAGCAUACAACUACAGUGUAUUUUCAGUCUUGCCAAUAUACAAGAAACUCAUUCAAGGAGGCCUAAAGAUUUGGAUUUACAGUGGAGAUGUAGAUGGGAGAGUGCCGGUUAUAGGUUCGCGCUACUGCAUCGAAGCUCUCAAUUUGAGCGUGAAGACGCCUUGGACCACUUGGUUCGAUGACCAUCAGGUAGCAGGGAGGAUAGCGGAGUAUGAAGGUGGGUUUAGCUUUGUGACAGUGAGAGGGGCAGGUCAUCUUGUGCCUCUAAACAAGCCUAAACAAGCUCUCUCUCUCAUCCAAUCCUACUUUUAUGGUCACCCUCUCCCUACACAUAGAUGAUCAAGUAUUUGUAUUAUCUACCUAGAUUUCAGUUUGGGACAUGUUGUGUCAUGGUUUAUAUCAAACCUAGUUAUUUUAAGGAUAGUGAAUAUAAUGCCUACGAGAAAGGGAAUGGAAUGGUGAUUGAUAUUUGAUACUCC